AUGGCCGCCGCCGCCGUCGCCGCCGACUCCAAGAUCGACAACCUCCGCGACGCCGUCGCCAAGCUCGGCGAGAUCAGCGAGAACGAGAAGUCCGGGUUCAUCAGCCUCGUCUCGCGCUACCUCAGCGGCGAGGCGGAGCAGAUCGAGUGGAGCAAGAUCCAGACCCCCACCGAUGAGGUGGUGGUGCCCUACGACACCCUCGCGCCCCCUCCCGAAGAUCUCGACGCCAUGAAGGCCCUGCUCGACAAGCUCGUGGUGCUCAAGCUCAACGGAGGCCUCGGCACCACCAUGGGCUGCACCGGCCCCAAGUCUGUCAUUGAAGUUCGCAAUGGGUUUACAUUUCUUGACCUUAUUGUGAUUCAGAUUGAGUCCCUGAACAAGAAGUAUGGAUGCAGUGUUCCUUUGCUUCUAAUGAACUCUUUCAACACUCAUGAUGACACACAGAAGAUUGUUGAGAAGUACUCCAACUCCAACAUUGAAAUUCACACUUUCAACCAGAGCCAAUACCCUCGCAUUGUUACUGAAGACUUCUUGCCACUUCCAAGCAAAGGGCAGACAGGGAAGGAUGGCUGGUACCCCCCAGGCCACGGUGAUGUGUUCCCCUCUUUGAACAACAGUGGAAAACUCGAUACCUUGCUGUCACAGGGAAAGGAGUAUGUCUUCGUGGCGAACUCAGACAACUUGGGUGCUAUAGUUGACAUCAAGAUACUAAACCACCUGAUCACUAACCAGAAUGAGUACUGCAUGGAAGUUACUCCAAAAACAUUGGCUGAUGUUAAAGGUGGUACCCUCAUCUCAUACGAAGGAAGAGUCCAGCUCUUGGAGAUUGCCCAAGUCCCUGAUGAGCAUGUGAAUGAAUUCAAGUCGAUUGAGAAGUUCAAGAUAUUUAACACCAACAACCUGUGGGUGAACUUGAAGGCGAUCAAGAGGCUUGUAGAUGCUGAAGCACUUAAGAUGGAAAUCAUUCCCAACCCUAAGGAAGUUGAUGGCGUGAAAGUCCUGCAGCUAGAAACCGCAGCUGGAGCAGCGAUCAGGUUCUUUGAGAAGGCAAUCGGCAUCAACGUUCCUCGCUCAAGGUUUCUGCCCGUGAAGGCUACAUCUGAUUUGUUGCUUGUGCAGUCUGAUCUCUAUACCUUGGUCGAUGGCUACGUCAUCCGCAACCCAGCCAGAGUGAAGCCAUCGAACCCUUCAAUUGAGCUUGGUCCUGAGUUCAAAAAGGUUGCCAACUUCCUUGCCCGUUUCAAGUCGAUCCCCAGCAUUGUUGAGCUCGACAGCUUGAAGGUCUCUGGCGAUGUCUCGUUUGGCGCUGGAGUCAAGUUGGAGAUCCCAGACGGAGCUGUGCUCGAGAACAAGGACAUCAACGGCCCCGAGGAUCUUUGA